ACGUGUUUGCUGCCGCCGUGGCUUUUGUUUAUGUUUGCGUUUGCGCUUGCGCACUCGAAAAACAAUCACUUGUUGCGCGUAUGUUUUGUUUGUUGAGUGUUUUCAUUGCGGUUUUCGGGUGACAAAAACUAAGAUACAGUGAGAGCGAGUGAGAGAAAGAAAGACCAGGCAAAGAAGACGAAGAAAAAGCAUUAGCGGUUUAUUAAGUGUUUGUGCGCGCGUGUGUGUGUGUUUAUUUUUUUGUUCAAGUGAAAGCGUGUGAAAACUUGAGGUUGAAGCCCUCUCUCGCGCGAAGACCGAAACUUCGCUCUCCCACUUCCAGUCACUAUCACUCUCUCGCUCAGCCCAGUGAUCUUCUUCACAUAUCCUCCCGACUUUAUAUCCUGCCAUUUCUGUGGCCAGUGGAAGCUUCCGGCCGACAUGAAACCGCAAUUGCAUCGCCACAAACACAGCCGCAGCCUCCGCCCUACGUCUUAGCCGCAGGUGCAGCAGCCAAGCCAAGCCAAGAGCUUCACAAAACUCGAGCUUAUUUUGAAUGUCUUCAGCGUGGAGUGGACACAGAAUGACCACCACACCGGGCAGCACAUUGUACCGCCUGGCCAGUGGAGCCAGUGGAGCAACUGCCACAACGAACUCUCUGUACGCUUCGGCGUCACCCAAAACCUAUGCCAUGGGUUCACUACAAAAUGGUUCCGAGCGUAACCGAAUCCUGGAACUCCUGAGAGCACCAAAUAGUCUGAUGUCACCCAGUUUGGAGCCCUCGUCAAAGGGUCUGCUCAAUGGACCUGGACAAAAUAAUUGCUUUCUCAAUUGUGCCGUGCAGGUAUGUUCUUACAUUUGAAUACCAUACAUAUUCUUAUAUCAAACAAGAUAUUCUCUUAAAA